AUGUCGUCGUAUAAUUAUAAUAUCAAUAGACAUAGUUCUGUUGGAGGUAGCUGGCAUUUACCUCCUCCGCAAGGAUACGCUGAUCAGCAUCAACAACACUCACCACAACACCCACCACAACAUGCUUCCCAGCAUUCAGCAGCCAAUCCGGGUCCAGCUGCGGCGGGCCCGGGUGGUCCUGGUGCAAUUGCGGGUUUUAGAAACCCCUGGUACUCUCCUACCCAGUCGUCAGGAAGUCUAAUACCCCCUUCAUCAUCUAGUUCUGCUGGUUCGUCCAACUUAUCCCAAUCCCCCACUAAAAACUUGGCCGGUGGCCCUCCUACCAUACCGCUAUUGCACCAACAGUCGAAAAGGAUGUCUUUUGCCAAUCAGCUUCCAACUACUUAUGAGUACGAUGAUCAGCGUCAAGCCAAUGUCGCGCCCCUUAUUCAUCCUCCCACCCGUGCUGAUAAUCCGUUCAAUCAAUAUUAUACUAAUCAGGAGGUUACUUUGGGUGGGGCGGACCGUCGUAUGUCCGCCGCCGUCGAUACCUCUUAUUAUUCCGGUUAUAAUAAUCCUUAUAUUGCUGGUGGGGCGGCUAUUGGUGGUGUUGCUACUGGAUCCAAUAAUGCUUCUCAAUUAUAUUUUCAACAACAACAUCAGCAGCAGCAGCAGCAGCAGCAACAACAGCAGUUGGGUAGUCCUGCCCUGGCAAGAAGAUCGUCGGUCGCUCUUGGAUCGAACUUCCACCAUCAGCCCCAGUUUCUUCCUCCUCAGCUCCAUCAUUCCCCUCAAUUCUUUAAUUACUAUAACUUACCUAGGCUUGGUAGAUCACCUCUGAUUGUCCAAUACCAACAAUACCAACAAUCUUUACAAUCCCAGCGAUUGACUGGUCGUAGAAGACCGGCUCCAAAAGCUACCAAAGUUCAAAACAAAUAUAGUUUAAAACCAAAAGUUCAUCAACAACCAAAGUAUCGUCGUUGUUCGGUUAAUUCGAUCCAUAUUUCUCCAGUGAAUGCAUUAUCAGUUUAUCUUACUGAAUCUUAUAGCAUAUGCCAGCCGAAAAAAUUUCAAUAUUCCAAAUCAACUAAUCCAAAGAGAGUUUUAACAAAACCUCUGGAACCAAAGUAUAAUAACGGUUAUGAUAAUGUCGAUAGUGAUUAUAUCUUAUACGUAAAUGAUAUUUUAGGUACCGAAGAAGGUAGAAAAUACAUUGUAUUAGAUCUUUUAGGUUCAGGUACUUUUGGUCAAGUUGUUAAAUGUCAAAAUUUAUCCAAUCAAUCAGUUGUUGCAGUUAAAGUUAUCAAGUCUAAGCCGGCUUAUCUAAAUCAAUCAUUAACAGAAGUAAGAUUAUUGGAAUAUCUUAACCAAAAUAGUAAUGGUAAAAAUUUUAUUAGCUUAUUAGAUACUUUUAUGCAUAAGGAGCAUUUAUGUCUUGUUUUUGAAUUAUUGGCUUCUAAUUUAUAUGAACUUAUUAAACAAAAUCAAUUCCAUGGUUUAAAUAUGAAAUUGGUAAAAUUACUUACUAAACAACUUUUGGAAUCGGUGGCUCAAUUGAAAAGUUUCCAAAUGAUUCAUUGUGAUCUAAAACCGGAAAAUAUCUUAUUAUGUCAACCUGAUAAACCAGAUAUAAAAGUUAUCGAUUUUGGUUCUGCUUGUUUCACAAGACAAACGGUUUACUCUUAUAUUCAAUCAAGAUUUUAUAGAUCUCCAGAAGUCAUUCUUGGUUUACCUUAUACUGAAUCAAUUGAUAUGUGGUCUCUUGGUUGUAUAGUUGGUGAAUUAUUCCUUGGUUUACCAAUGUUCCCCGGUAUAUCAGAAUAUAAUCAAAUUUGGAAAAUUAUUGAUAUGUUGGGUUACCCUCCUCGUCAUAUGAUUGAAGUUGGUCGUAAUUCUUUAAAUUUUUUCAAUAAAAUCCCUUCGUCUGAUCCUGAGGGUAAACCAACCUAUAAAAUUAAAACUCAUGAAGAAUAUGUUCAAUUUUUAGCUUCAAAAGGUAAAGAAGAUAACAUCAAGAAAGAACUGAAAAAUACAAACUAUUUUAAGCAUCGCCUAUUAAAAGAUAUCAUCCUUAAUUAUAAAUUACCUUCAAGAAAAAUGACAAAUACAAUGAUUGAACGUGAGCAAAAUGAUCGUUUAUUAUUAAUUGAUUUCUUAAGUAAAGCUCUUAAUUGGAAUCCUUUAGAAAGAAUGACUCCUCAAGAAGCUUUGAAACAUCCCUUUAUUUCGGACGUCCAAGCAAAUUUUGCAUCUUAA